AUGCUCAGAAGUUUGAGUGUGGUGGUGAAAACAUCUAUAUUUCUUCUUACGCUUCAAGGAACAUUAUGCUUGCGGAACGUACACUUAGUGGUGCCAGAGUCAGUGGAGCGGGGUUCGAGGGUGGAGAUGAAAUGCGUUUAUGAUUUAGAGCAAGAGGUGCUAUACACAGUGAAGUGGUAUCGCGGGGAUCGAGAGUUCUGCCGCUAUUCCCCGCGCGACGUUCCGCCACUUAAGAUAUUUCGUAUUCCCGGAAUAGAGGUUGAUCGCCUGGCGACAGACGCCCAACGGCUGACGAUAGAGGCAGCGACGCGCACCGCGAAUGGCCGAUACACUUGUGAAGUGUCGGCCGACGCGCCUUCCUUCCAGACUGCUCAAGUCCACGCGCACAUGUACGUUGUAGAUCUACCAAAUUCGGGGCCGGAGAUGCAAGGCCUUAAACAGUACUACCGUACAGGGAUGAAACUCAAAGUAGAAUGUGCUAGUUUCAACUCUUUGCCAGCAGCAAAUUUGUCUUUCUUUAUUAAUAGUGAACCGGCACACAAACAACAUGUAUGGCAUCGGGUAAGCCCUGCGAAUGGAAGUUUAUGGAAUGCGUUCAGUACUAUACAAUUUGUGGUACAAAAACAUCACUUUAUUAGGGGCAAAAUGAAAAUCCGCUGCACCGCCAACAUUUACUCCAUAUACUUGAAAAGUAAUGAGCAAUGCGCCCUGGAGGAACGGCCCCCCACCACUCCAGUCAGCUUGCCCGAGAUAAACGAGGUCGUCCUCUAUCCCAUACACCGAAUGGCUGACACCAGCGACUGUGCAAGUCGAAUUAUUUCAACUUCAGUGACUGCUUUAUUAAUUACGUUUUGGUGUAUGUCACACUUAUUGGAAGCUAAU